AUGUUUGGAAAUCGUUCGGUAUUUGUGAUAAUUCAACAGAUUUCCAGUUAUCUUCAGAUAGUUCAAUCAUUGGAUGGAUGUGGAAUACCUCUUCAAGCUACCGACAAUGACACUACAAUAUCCGCUGAAACGUGUUUUUGUCAUCCUAUCUUAUUAGGUGAGCAUUUAUAUAUUAUGUAUAUAUUUUAUAUAUAUAUAUAUAUAUAUACACACAAUUUUUUUUAAUAUUCUAUUUCUCUUAUGAUUUUUAACAAUUUUCUUUUUUUCUUUCAGCUAUUGAGUUCUGGCAUUUUUGCCAUUUGUCGACCACUAGAAGAGUAUGUACUUUUAUCGUGUUCAUACCGACCUUUCCUUAUACAUACAGUGCUAAUAUCAGGAUUAAAGAUAAAGUAAAUAUGUAUUUUAUUACUUUAUUUCACUUUCAUUUGUGUCUUAUAACAAUUGAACAUCCCAAUUCUAUAAUACCUAUUGCUCAAUCAAAGAAAUUUGUGUUUAUGGCUGUUUCAUCGGGAUAAUUUUGUCAUAAUUUUAUGUUUAAAAACGUAAUAGGUAUAAUACAACUCAUUUGUACUAGAUUUGUCAAAGAAACAUUAAUUGAAAAAUCGAAUACAGUCGGUUCGACUGUUAAAGGUUCUUUAACAGACUUCUAUUUAAUGAAUUCUAUUUAUACAAUGAAAUAUUUUAUGGAAUCGUGACAUUUUCAUUCAAUACAAUUUUUAUUUAACGAAUUAACUUUUUUCUUCAACAAAUAUAAAAGCUAUUGUUAUUUAUAAAAUACAAACUCGUCAAGUGUACAAAUCGUAUGUUUUCAUACCUCGUUAAAUUGUAUCACCUUAAAUUAUUGUUAUUGACGUUAAUACAUUAAAGAACCGAUAUUAUAUUAUAAAAUGUUCUAGAAUAUCAGUUGCCGCCAUUUAGUAGUCACUGGCCAUUCAUUAGUUUUGGUUAGAAAGUACCUAUAAACGUUUCGUAAAACUGUAUAAUUUUUAGUGCAUUAUUUUUUUUUAUUGUGGGAAAGAAGAUCAUGUUAUAAUGUAUUAGUAAAUUAUAUAUUAAUGGUGUGCUCUAUUGGCAAAUUUAUUUAACAAUAUGAUCCCAGAUAUAUUUUAUUGAUUGCUAUUUCUUAAUAUAGUCGUUUCUAACUAUCAUAUUCUGUGACCGAACCGGGUCCCAGAUAACCCAGAUAACAAUACCCGUCAUAAGUUAAUAAGACCUCACAACAACAUUACACAUUAUCAUCAUGCCACAGCGCAGCUAUCAAUCUAUACUGUAGUCUGUAGGUAUUUAUAUAAGUAAUCAUUUGUUAAAUGCAUAGGAUCAGGACUGUUUGCUUUUCUAAUUAAUUGGCCGAUGACUUCACUUCACCCAUUAUUUUAGAUUCAUAAAAUUAAAAUUAAUUUCCCAUUUAUUACUUAAUUAAUUGUAAAUGUCAAUUAAUGAUCUACAUUAUAAUCUUCAACUGUAACCCUAUAACAUUUUUUUUUAUUCAAGUUGCGCAUUAAUUAUUCCAAUAAAUACAUUUGUAUACCUAAUGCAACUUAGAUUCUAAAUUUAAAUAAUAGGUACUUGUAAAAUUAUUAAUUUUUAAUAUCUUAUGAUUUAUUAUUUAGGUCAGAUGAAACUGAACAACUAAGAAAACCCAGUAUAAUAUUGUAAGUGAAGAAAGGAUAAAACUACAAAAUAAUACUACAAUUUCAGCAAUAAUACUGAAAGAAAUGUCCGAAAAACCGACUAUAAAGGUAAUAUUUAGAAAUAAUUUCCCAAAAGUUAAUAGCUUAGGUGUUUUUUAAUUUUUGAUUCUGAGAAGAAUGUGGAAUAUACAUACUUAUUGAUUUUAUUAUAAUAUCGGUGAUACUCUAAUACCUUGUGAAUCCAAAAAGUCGAACAUUUUCAGCACAAAAUUCCCUAUAAUAUUAUUAUGUAAAUACCUUGUAUAUAAUAUAUGCAAAGAGAUUAUAGAUGUUCGAAAAAUAAAUUGUAUUUCACCAAUUAAAAUUGUUGAGACUAACAUCUGGUAUUUCCAUGUUAUGAUACUGUCAUAAUAAUAUUUUAAGUUAAUUAAACAGCUUAGAUUUGUAAUUUAUUUUAUUUAUAAUUAUGUAAUCCAAAGUUUGCAACAUGAAUGAUGACAAGAUUCAUAUUUUUAAUUAAGUAACAAUUAAUAAUAAAAUUGCAUUGUUAAAUCUAUUUUUCAUGAUUAGUAUCUAUUUUCUUAGGUUCUGGAAGACUUUAAUGAAAUUGAAGUUAAUCAUGCCCAGAAUAUACAACUACUGAAGGUGCAGAAUGAUAAUGGUAUUAUACGAGUAAAUGGCACUUUAAAUUGGAAUCAAAAGAAAAUGUAUUCAGUUUUCAUAUUAAUAUGUAAGUGA